UUCCGAGAAAUGAGCAAAAACGGGAAAGAAAACAUGAAAUCUUCGAACAAAAAAUUCGAUUUCUAUUGGAUGGAUGUUUCCCGCACUUUUGUAUAAUAGUGAAUUAUUAUUAAUUAUAAUUGGUUGAAUUGCAAUUUCCCGAAGACAUGAAUUGGUAGAGACCACCAUCGGAUCUCACUUCGCCAUACUUUUCCUUUUUGGGGAGAUUGCAAGAAAAUGCAUGGAGAAAUGUAUAUAAACAAACGGUUAGGCGAAUAAUUCCGAGUAGUUUCGGUAAAGGUGAUCUGUUUCUACCUUCAUUUUAGUGAUUAGUAAGACUAGAGGAAGCUUCUUAUUUCGUUUCACCACUGGCCCAAAUUUCCAAAAUGCGCAUUCAAAUUACCACCUGAAGAUCGUUAAUAAAGCAUCAUGAAUAUUGGUAAAAUCGGUACUUAACUUCAGCUCUUUUUCAAGUACCUAUAGACAAAAUGCAUGAAAAAAUCAGCAUCAUAUAUGUUUUAUCAAUUUUUCACUUUACCAAUGGUCUGAGUUGAGUUGAGAAAUUAGUAUCUUCUAGAUAUCCGAGCUGUGGGUCGACUGGAUGAUAAUUAUCGUUUUUCCAUCUGCUUGUUUAACGCAUUUAAAUAUGAUAGCAUAAAUUCCGCGUUAGCGACGCAAGUGCGCAAAUUAUCAAUUCCGAGCUUCAUAUAUUUAAAUGUUGAUUUUGAAAAGGAUUUUUUGUGUUUUGCGGCCAUUAUCAAUAUAGAACAUCAUGGCUAAACUACGUCGCCUCAACGAACUGUCGGAGACGGAAGUGCAAAGUGAGAUUGCAUCAAUUGAUGCCGUUCUGUUUGAUGUGGAUGGAGUUUUGCUGUCCGAUAAAGCGGUGCUUCCUGGAGCCGAAGCUACAGUGCAAAAGUUGAGGGCUUUGGGCAAACAGAUUGGAUUUGUCACUAACAACACCUUGUACACAGUGGAACGAAUGCAGGCCAAUUUGGCUCAAUUUGGUGCACAAUUUGACGAUAUAAUAAACUCGACGGUUUCCUUGUUGGAAUACCUGCGAAAAAUCGACUUCCAAAAGGACAUUUAUAUAAUUUCCACACCGGAACCUAAACAACUAAUCGGGGCAGCUGGAUACAAUGUUUUAGAUUUCAAGGCAGCCAAUUCUACAUAGAUGGAAUCGAAAGAUUAACGCAGACGAAAGCCAUCAAAAUGGGAAAACCAGGUGGCAUUUUGGGGGAGUUGAUUGUAUCCAAGUUCAAUCUACCAACAGGAAGUCGCGUCUUAAUGGUUGGCGAUAAUAUUCACUCAGACAUUCAGUUCGGAAUUAACUCUGGUUUUAAGACCCUUUUGGUUCUGUCGGGAGUUACUAAACAGGAGCACGUGGAUCAAUGGGAUGCUGCCGAAGAGCUGAAACCCGACUUUGUCGGCAGAAGUAUAGCAGAUUUGCAUGAGAAGAUUCGAAAUAUGUAAUUGCGGAAAGCUUCAGUGGAAUUUUUGAUCAAAUAAAUAGUCAUGGUAUUAUUAUAAAAAAGACUGAUUGGGACGAAACAGUUCAUUUUCUAAGCUGAAACCCCAGCAGGUUUAAAAAAUAUAUACAUAAAAAAUAA